AUGAACGGUAUUUUUGCUAUUGAGAAACCAAGCGGAAUCACUUCUAAUCAAUUUAUGAUGAAAGUGCAACGGUUGCUCAAUAACAGUCAAGUAUUCUCCAGGGAGAUUGCUAGAGCAACUGCAGAAAGAAUACAACAAUAUCAACAACAGACUGGUAAGAAAGCAAGUAAAAGAAAGCUGAGAAAGGUCUCGAAGGUGAAGAUGGGCCAUGGUGGUACCUUGGAUCCAUUGGCAUCUGGUGUACUUGUUAUUGGUAUUGGUUCAGGUACAAAGCAACUAUCAAAUUAUCUAGGAGGAACAGUUAAAGUAUAUGAAAGUGAGGCACUAUUUGGUGUUUCUACAACCUCAGGUGAUGUAGAAGGUGAAAUUCUAGCUGAGAAUUCUGUAAAGCACUUAAAUAAAGAGGACCUAUUAGGUUUGAAAGAGAAAUUCGAAGGUUCUUUGAAGCAAACUCCUCCAAUUUUUGCUGCAUUAAAAAUGGACGGGAAACCGUUACACCAAUAUGCUAGAGAAGGGAUACCUUUACCAAGAGCAAUCGAACCCAGACAGGUGACAAUUUAUGACAUGACGUUUUUCCCAGAUUGUUUAACAACGGAACAUAGCUAUCCACUAUUGAGACCUCCAACUGCUGAUGCCAAAGAAACCAUUAACCUAUUAAAUGCGAAUCUAAAAGAAGAUAAACUAUAUUUUUCAAAAGAAUAUUGUGACAAACAAGGAUGGGAUACUCAAGAUGCUAGGGUCGAGGAACCUCUACCGCUAACAGAUGAGGAACUGAAAAUAAUCGAAGAACAAGCUGAUACCUACCGUGCUCCUUUGUUACAUUUUAGGGCAAAGGUAUCUUCGGGUACAUACAUUCGCUCCUUGAUUAGCGAUAUCGGUAAAGCUAUGAGAAGUUCUUCUUAUAUGGUUAAACUGAUCCGUCUACAACAAGAGAAAUGGUCACUUGAAGAAGGUAACGUAUUUAAAUUUGAAGAUUUCAACGAAAGGGAUGAGAAAGUAUGGAGCAAAGUUUUACAAAAAGUCAUCGACCUAGGACCUGAGGUUAAGAUUGUUGACGAAAUAGCACAAGCACAAGCUGCGUUUGACUUAGAGAAGAAAUCUAAUGAAGACUCGUACACCAAUGAUGUUACGGAAUCUAUUGAAACCGCCAAAGAAGGAGGAAGAAAGGAAACUGAAGAAGGAGAAAGCAAGGAAACCGAAGAGGCACAAAACUCUAAAAAGAGAUCUGUAGACGAAUUAUAA